AUGCACGCCGCACUGGAGAAGGACCCCCCCCCGGACCCUGCUUCUUUACAACCGCCGACGGGUAUCGCCCACGUGGCGGCGCAGCGCGGGUUGACGGUGCUGCUCAGCGACACCAGCGCAACCGCCAUUGAACGCGGCCUGUCGGGACUGCAAAAGUCGUUGGAGCGGUUGGUACGGAAGGGCAGUGUGACACCUGAUGACGCGGCGGCCACACUUGGUCGUAUACACACGUCACACGGCAGCUUGGAGGUCGCCGCCUUCAAGGACGCCUUUUGGUCAUCUCGUACGACACCACCUGUGUCGUCCUACGCCGCCUUUGCAAUUCUUUAUUACUUCCUGACUUUUCUUCCAUUUUCAUAUAGUUUCUUUAGGUUUUCUCAUUCCAGCUUCCCCGGUGAGUCCAAUAAGGUGGUUCGAGCUUCUUUGGUAUUUCGCGUUGGCGUCGGCCUGGACACGUGUCUGAACAUCAUGCGCACCUUACACUCCCAAUUCGGAGAUUCCAAGUACCGGCCGUGUCCGCUGCUGGUGCAAUACGUGGACGGGGGGCUGCUGGGGGUCAAGAACGGCAGGGGGGUUUUCCAGUACGACCCGCUUAUCCAUGACAUCAUUCACGCGCAGCAGCCGCACGUCAACCUCACUCACAACAUCGGCCACUCCGCCACCUCCAGCUACAGCGUCUAGUCAUGUGGCUGGUGCUGGCUGGCCAGUGGCAGGAGGAAGAAGGGGGGAGAGGGAGAGGGAGGAGGAGGGAGAGGAGGGUCUGGGCCGCGGGCAGCAGCAGGAGGAGGAGGAGGCCAUUGCGGCGAAGUACGCCAGGGACGAGUUGCUUUCCUUACAGGCGAAUGGCAGGCCGCCAGCCAGCCAGCCAGCCGGCCAGCCGUUCAACUCGCCUACCCUACCCGCCUGCAGCCCAGCCAAACAGGCCAGCGGCCCGUCU